GGCAACUGCUGUUAAAAUGAACGGCUUGUCCAGGUGCUUGGGAAGACAUAUCACUCAACACGCGAAAACACCUUUCUUCAGGAAGUGCAAUACGACCCCACUACGUCUUUCUGGCGUUCAUCUCCGAAGAUACUCAGACAAGAGCUCAAAAUACAACGGCAACAUGACUACUCAACCUCCCAAGAACGAGAUGGUGUACAUGCCAGGGGUAAUGUCACCGAGUCGAUCGUUUGGCGUAUUCCGUAAGGUCCUUCACACUGGUCUGUACUCGCAAUUUGUGGCGAUGGAAGUCCCGGUCAACGGCGAAAUUGGUGACGAGAUUCAUACCGUCGAUCAAGUGUUGAUAUUCACCCAUGGCACUGGCAAGGCAAUCGUUGCUGGGAAGGAACAAGAGGUCAAACAGAACGAUGUCGUCAUAGUCCCGGCUGGCACUCAACACCAGUUUUUGAAUAUCGGAAACACGCCACUCGAAGUCGUCACCAUAUACUCCCCGGCUGAACAUGACCCGCGUACAGUACAUCAAACCAAGGCAGAGGGCGAUGCACAGGAAGAGGCUGGCGAGGAUGAAGCACCCGAGUGGAGUCAACGGAGCAAGUCGGAGAACGAGAAGAUUGGGCUGGUCAAGCCGCCAUAAGCAGGGAACGGUAUAUGUUCAAACGAUCAGUCGGAUGUAGCUACUCGGAGUCUAUGUUCUUGUGAACAAUUGGCUGAGAUGAUUGUAACACACGGUGCCACGUCGACAUCAGCGUAGUCAGACGGAGCCUAAACAGUUCUAAUCGAAAUCGAUC